UAUCCUACUCUAACUACGCACCAGCCUUUCACGGACGAGGCCAAACCUCUCGACGUGGGGGCUGCCACCCCGUCAGGACAGGUGAGUUGAACUGUGUGGUUUCAGGACCGUGACAGACUCGGGAGGGUUCAGGGGCAGGAAGAGCCCUUGAGCACUUGAGCUAUGGACAGACGGAUAGAGAGGGAGAGAGGGAGAGCGCUGGUCCAUCGGUCAGGGGCGGUGGGGAAGGCAGAAGAAGCUAACGACGGCCAAGCCGUCCUCCGGAUUUGGAUGAUGGCAGCAGACUGGCCACGCGGGGGUUCACGUCGGGUUGAGGAGGAGGAGGGGGAGGAGCAGGAGGAUGCUUUGUCUUUUUGUGUCUGGAAACGGAGUAGCAACCGGUUCUUUCCAUCUCCCUGGACAUCUUGUCUCUGUCGUUUAGAGGGGGGAUGCUCCGGGCUAUUCUGAAGGUUGCGUGUCGGUCUGCCUCCCAGAGGGGGAAAAAGAGAAGGAAACCGACAGGGCGAACGUGGAAGGACGACGCGGGAUGGUCAAACCGGAUGUGUGUGUGUGUGUGUGUGUGUAUUCGUCUACUCCCCGGCGAUUCGGUUCGAAGCACUCUGUUUCUCUUUUCCCGUCAUUCCUGGGGAUUCGGGAUUGUUUCUGUUAUCCCCCCCCUCCCCCGCCGCCAAAAUCCGGUGGUGCUCGACAACGCCGUCGACUGUUGUGUAAAGCGAAUGCGAAUGCUUGAGCCACAUUGCUUGCUCCCCCGUUCUGGCGGGGAGGAGGGCUUACCCGCACUAGCGUCGUCGGGGUCGUGGCCGGAAGGAAGGAUUCGAGCAAGGAAAGGGGGGCUGGAACGGCACCGAUUGGUGGCCCAGAGGGGGGGGAGAGGGUACAGGCAGGCAGGCGCAUGGGCUGUCUGUCUCGGGUUCUUUUUUUUUCUUUUUUCUUUUUUAAUGCAUAUGUCGAUCGAUGUGCGUGCAGUGUGGUGAUGUCGGCUUCUUCUUCUUCUUCUCCUUCUUUUUGCUACUUUUACUUUUCUCUUCUUUUUGCU